AUGGCUCUCUCUCUCUUUUCUCUCUCUUUUUCUUCUAAUUCUCUCUCCUUCUAUUUUCUCUCUCUCUCUUCUAUUUCUCUCUCUCUCUCUCUCUCUUUUCUUCUCGAUUUCUCUCUCUUCUCUUCUCUUUUUUCUCUCUCUCUUUUCCUUCUCUUUUUUUUCUCUCUUUCUUUCUUUCUCGAUGGCUUUCUCUCUCUCCUUCUAUCUCUCUCUCUCUCUCUCCCCUUCUUCCUCUUUCUUUCUCUCUCUUCUUUUUCUCAAUUUCUCUCUCUCUCUCCUUUUCUUUUUUCUUUUUCUCUAUCUCUCCUUAUUCUGAAUUCUCUCUCUCUUUCCUUUUCUUAUCUCUUUUUUUCCUCUCUCUCUUCUUUAUAUACAAUUUCUUCUCUCUCUCUCUUUCUAUACGACGAUGGCUCUCUUUCUUCUCCUUAUCUCUCUUUUUCUCUCUCUCUCUCUCUCUUCUUAUUUACUCUCUCUCUUUCUCUCUCUUUCUCUUCUCGAUGGCUCUCUAAAUCUCUCCUUGAUAUCUCUUUAUUUCUUCUCUCUCCUCUCUUAAAUAGGAUUUCUCUCUCUCUCUCUCUUUUCUCUUUUUCUAUUCUCUCUCUCUCCUUAUAUUCUUUUUGGCUCUCUCUCUCUUCUUUCUCUGAUGGCUCUCUCUUCUUGAUUCUCUAUCUCUUUAUUUCUCUCUCUCUCUCUUUUUUUCUUUUCUUCUCUUUUUCCUCUCCUUCUCACUCUGAUGGCUCUCUUUUUUUUUCACUGAUAACUCUUCAAUCUUUUCUUUCUCGACAAAAUCUCUCUCUUUCUUCAUCUCUUCUCUCUUCUUCAUCUCUCUUCUUCUUUUUCUUCUCUCUCUUCUUCUCUCUCUCUCUCUUAAUUUCUUCUCUCUAUUUUCUCUCUUUUAUCUCUUCUCUUCUUUCUUCUCUCUCCUUCUAUGUUCCAUUCUCUCUCUCUCUUCUUCUCUAUCGAUUUUUUCUCUCUCUCUCUUUUCUCUCUCUCCUUCUCUUUCUCCUUCUUUGUUUAAGAUCUCUCUCUCUCUUUUUCAUCUCGAUGGCUCUCUCUCUCUUUUCUAUUCUUUUCUCUCUCUUCUUCUCCUUCUCUCUGAUUUCUCUCUUUUCUCUCUUUCUUUCUUGGUCUCUCUCUUCUCUCUCCUCUCUUGAAUUAUUUCUUUCAUCUCCUUCUAUAUUCUCUCUCUCUCCUCUUUCUCUCUCUCUCUCUCUCUCUCUCUCCUUUUUUCUCUCUCUGGCUCUCUCUCUCUCUCUUCUAUCUUGA